AGCUGUGUUGGUUGGUUCAGGAAGUAUUCAUAUGAUAUUUAGACAUUAUGAAGGAGUAGUACAUACCAGAUGAAAGAUGAUGCAGCAUAUUUGAAGCCUGAGCCUUGAAACUUGGCAGCCCCAAAUCAACUCGAGUUAAUUCAGUUCUCCAAACACUGUCAGCUCCCUGGCCUUGCUGUAGCUCUCUGAACCUGGAAUCCUCUUCAAUUCCAGCUAGAAUGCUGAGUCAGAAACUUCGCAGAUUUGGCCAAAAGCUGGUACGCAGAUAUACGCUGAAGCCACCGGUGACUAAGGAUGAUUCAAAGAGAAGACUGGGCACUCUGGAUUUAGUGGCCCUGGGUGUGGGACACACAGUGGGUGUAGGUGUGUAUGUCCUGGUUGGUGAGGUGGUCAACAAUCAAGCAGGACCAUCCAUUGUGAUCUGCUUCUUGGUGGCUGGCCUAUCUACUGUGUUGGCUGGGCUGUGCUAUGCAGAGAUUAGUACCCGUGUUCCCGUUUCUGGCUCUGCAUAUCUCUACACCUAUGUCACUAUAGGUGAGUUCUGUGCUUUCAGCACUGGCUGGAGCCUCAUCCUUUCCUGUGUUGGUGGUAUAGCCAGUGUGGUCCGAGGGUGGAUCUUAGCUUUUGCCAGCCUGCUUGGGAUCCAGAUCUUUCAGAAACUGCAUGAGAGCAUUGCACUGUAUGUUUCCCAGGUCUUUGCAGAAUACCUAGACUUCUUUGUUGUGGGCCUUGUGUUUUUUCUCAUUGGAUUACUGACUCUGAGGUUUGGUGAGAUUUCCCUGGUUAACAAAGUGCUCACAUUGGUGAGUCUUUUGGUUCUUAGUUUUGUCAUUAUUGCUGGCUUCAUUAAAGGAGACCUGCACAACUGGAAGCUCACAGAAGAGGACUACAAAAGGGCUGGACUCAAUGACACCUCUACCUUAGGCCCUCUGGGCUCUGGAGGAUUUGUGCCUUUUGGCUUCCAGGGGAUUCUCCGUGGAACAGCUACGUGUUUCUAUUCAUUUAUAGGUUUCAGCAGUAUUGUUACCAGGGUCGAUGAAGCCAAGAAUCCUCGUCAUUCCAUACCCAGGAGCAUUGUGAUUUCACUCUUCAUCUGCUUUUUGAUGUAUUUUGGUGUCUCUGCAGCUCUUACGCUUAUGGUGCCUUACUACAAGCUUCAACGUGGGAGCACCUUGCCUGAGGCAUUUCUUAAUAUUGGCUGGGCCCCUGCCUGCUAUGUUGUAGCUUGUGGAUUUAUCUGUGGUUUUCCUAUCAUCAUCUUAGGCUUUAUGGCCCCCAUACAUUGGGUGAUACGCAGCAUGGUAGAGGAUCACCUCCUGUUCCCUGUCUUUGCCUGGAUCUAUACUGGCACAUACAUCCGCAUUGUGGCCAUUGUGAUUUUGAGCAUUAUUGCACCAAUCAUGGCCUUCUUCUUUAGACUCAUUGAUCUUGUGGACCUCUGGUCACUUGCGUUCCUGAUAGCUUACUCCCUGGUGGCUCUUUGUGUUCUCAUCCUCAGGUAUCAGCCUGAGGUGAAGAAAGGGGGAAAUGAAGCAGAGAUGCAGGAGGAGAAUGGACCUGCAGCAGAGAAGCUGACUAUAAAGGGACUACUUUUUCCAGGCAGCCCCACCCCCACUCCACUCUCUGGCCGGGUUGUCUAUGUUUGCUCCUCACUGCUUGUUCUGCUGAUCAUUCUUCUUUGCCUGGUGCUGGCUCAGUCACCAGUUCUGCUUUCUGGAGACCCAGUGUGGAUUUCCGUGGUUGUGCUGCUCCUGGUGCUCAUUACUGGGCUCACUGGGGUCAUCUGGAGACAGCCACAGAGCUCCAGUCCCCUUCCCUUUAAGGUCCCUGCUCUGCCUCUCCUCGCACUACUGAGCAUCUUUGUGAAUGCUUGCCUUAUGAUGCAGAUGACAGCUACCACCUGGGCCCUAUUUGGAAUCUGGAUGCUGAUUGGGUUUGCUAUCUACUUUGGCUAUGGGAUCCGGCACAGCCGAGUUGCUAACCCCACUUAAGUUAGGUCCAAAACUAUAGACCUUGAACUGAGCAGUGCCAGUACAUAUUUGGUUUGACAUCAUCACAGUGAAAUGAAGUCUGGUCUCCUGCCCAAUUAUGCGGGAUGCUCUGAGCACAAGGAAAGCUAGGUCUCCCAUGGGAUGUCGGUGUGGGGGAAUACUAAUAGUUUGUAGCUAUCGUGAAGUGAAUGAUGUGUCUCUGCUCUUUGUCCUUUUUUCAUUAGUUGCCUAUUUUUCAUUUUACCCUAUAGCUCU